UUUAAUACAAGAACAACAAGUUGACUGAAACUCCAUAUUUAUUUGGAAAUUAGGGUUUUAUAAAAGAGACCAAUUUUACCUCAAGCUCUAGUAGUUGAAGUUUAGAUGGACAAUGACUCUUCUAAACAGAUAAUUCACAUUAGUCAACCUAAACCUAAACAUAUCGUCAAAAAGAAAUUAAUUUUUUUUUAAAUAAAAAAAAUAAAAGACCUGAUGAUAUUAGAUAUGCAUGGCAUCUUAUUUACAAGGGUAGAAUAAUAAAACCAUUCAAAAAAAAAACCCUAGCUAGAGAAGAUAGCAAUGGCGCAGCCGGAAGAGAUGUUGAUCCCGAAAUUAGAAGAAUUCUUGUUUUUAGCAGACAGCAUACUUUUGAUGAUAGAGAAGAUAGCACUGCUUGGUUUUAUUAUCUCUCGAUUCCCACUUCAAAUCAUUCUGCUUGCUUUUAUCUAUGUUUCCGUUGAGAUCACUCAAAGACUUUUCCCACCGGGGGAAUCUACUCUGGAGCAUUAUGGCAUGUUUCUUUGGGGUCGGAUCCCUACCUUUGUAGUAGUGUUAUACUCUUUUGGAUCGUCAAAGAACUGGGGGUUGCUAUUUAGUUUUCUCUUCGUCACCAGAAUGGUUAUUUACAUCAUUGACUACAUUGAGGGAGGAAUAAUAUAUGAACAUUUUAGUAGCAGCAGCCCUAACCCUACUGAUCUGAAUGAGGGCCAGAAACUUGAGAAAGGGAAGACUGAAAUGAAGAAGGAAGCAAAACUAAUCGAGUCUGAGGUCGAUCAUGAGAUGGAGAAUCCCUUUCAGAGCAGUAAUUCAAUCGAAGAAACAACUAUGGAAGAGAAAGUUCGAGACACUAUGGAAGAAAAGGAUGAAGAGAAAGAUUCAAUAAAUGAAUUGACAAGCAAUUGUGGUGUAUACAUAGCAGAACUCUACAGCCAGCUGUAUGAUGAUUUGCAGAUGGAGAAGAGACAACUCGAAAUGGAUUUGCACAAGGCAAUAGACGAACACAAAAAAGCUUGCUACAGUAAGAAGAGAGUGAAGAAACUUGCUCGUAAGUCGAUUGAAUACUGUGAAAAGCAAUUGCUCAAGUGGGACGAGGAGAAAGAGAAACUUAUUGCAGAACUUAAACUUGCAACUUCUGAGAAUUCUGUCAAAAAUAACCAGAAUGAUAGUGAAAAGCAGUCUGAAAAACAAGGAAAAGAAUCGGAUGAUGAUCAGACAAUGGAACUCUAUAAAGAGCUUGAGGCUGUCAAUAAAACCCUGGAAUACGAGCGUUCCUUGUGGGACGAGGAAAGGGACGAGCUGAGUGCAAAGCUUUCUGAAACCAGUUCGAACUAUCAGCAGAUAUGUUGUUCUUGGAGUGACGCAUACAACAAACUGGCAGAAGAUAGAAACAAUCUAGUUGCUAAGCUAUUCGCUGUAACUUCAUCAGCUGAGUACUAUAAAGCAUGUUGGCACGACUCUGAGGAGAACUGGCGCAAGUUAAGGGAAGAGAAUACAGAACUUUCCGCCAAGCUUUUCUCUGCAACUGUACAAGCUGAGCAUUUCCAUAACCUUGUGCAAGAGUUUGAGGAGAAGCACCAAAGGUUGGAGGGAGAGAAAACAGAUAUUCUUGCCAAUCUUUCUGCUGCCAAAGCUACUGUUGAGAUGUACAGGAGCUAUAUGCAUAACUACCCAGAAAUUUGAUUUACAUGUUUAAAGUCAUUUAGACUUUAGGUUUUGUGAACCUUAGGUCUCAUCCGAUCGAAAGGAUGCUCUCAACUCUUAGCUUAUGGUUAAGUCCUAGCUAGCUAGUUGUUUUCAAGGUUUCAUGAAUUGGUACUAGAUGAUCAAUAAGUUUCUUAUUUGCUUACCUGGUUUAUGUCUAAGCAUAAUGAUGCAAUCCUAAUAUUUUCUCAUUUUUCGAUGAUUA